AUGUGGGGCUAUUUUCAAAAUGCGAUGAGUGUGGUGCCGGAAUUGAUCUUCAGAAAUCCGACGACGAUGUCCAUUCAGGCUCUCAUUGGAAUGACGAUCAUCGCGGACUCGAAUCUCUCAUUUCAGACAUCUUCGAUGCUCCUUUCAAUGGCCAUCCGGCUCGCUUUGAACAAAGGAUUCCACCGCAAACUCAUGGGCAAUAAGAUAUCCCCCAAAGUCAAGGCGUCGAGAGAAAACAUAUUCUGGACUCUCUACAUCCUUGACAAGGCCAUAUGUUUGCGGUUCGGUCACCCGUCAUUGAUAGAUGACGAUGAGAUUUCAAUCGAUCCACCAUCUCCUGAUGCGGCCAAGUCAAAUGGAGAAGACAGAAAACUCUUCCGGGCCUUCGUUGAUCUUGCUCUGAUCCAGAGCAAAGUAUGCAAGUGGCUAUACUCUGCUAGGUAUCAAACAAAACCUGUUACACAUCGGUUGUUUCUGCUUGGAGAAUUGGAUGAAUACUUGCAAGCAUGGAAGGAUUCAUUGUCUCCGGAACUACAGCCUGAAGCUCAGGUGAAUAUAAACGACCCUUCUCAUGCUUUCGACACUCAGUCGGUCAUGAUGCUGCAUAUGACUUACUACUACACUGUUGGUACAAUUCACCGUGUCUCAUUGUUCCUGAAUUUGAAGCCUGAGAAUGUCGAGGGAGAAACAAAAGAUUCUACUGGCAGUGUUGAUCAGGCAGAAUUAAGUGCCUUAGUUUGCCUCUCGGCUUCGCGAACAACUAUCCACUUUCUGAGAUAUGGAAAUUGCUCAUUUGAUGUGCUACCUCUCCUCUCCUGGUGCACCAUGUAUUAUGUCCUUGUCGCUUCCUUGAUGAUUUUCGCCCACAUUGUGAGAGACCCGACAGGCCCCGAGAUAGAGUCCGACCUGUCCUAUCUACGAAUGUUUGCAACCACGCUCCAAAGGUCAUCUGUGAGUGGCUCUUCUCAUACAGAGGCAUUAAAAGCUCUUGCAGAAUUGAUUUUGAACAUUGCGGAGACAAUCGUUCAACAAAGAAAAGACCAGCGACAGGUAGAGCCACUUAGUGCUGGACUUUCCAGUCAGCAUAUUUCAUACACACCAGCAACGCAUGGGCAAUCACCCUCGUGUUCAAUCCCCUCAACUAUGUCAGCAGUCCCAUCAUCAGCUAUCCCACAGCUCGCCGAUCAUAGUCUCUCAUCUGCCGUCAACGCCGCGGGGGGCAUAUAUGAUUUUAUAUUCCAAUCUUCUAUGGAUCCAUCUCCAUCUUUACUUUCUACGCCAACCGCCAAUUCCAACUAUUCCUUUACUCCUUCGAGCAUGUCAGAAGAUUUCAAAACCGCUGAAUGGGUCAAUUCCUUCGAAACCGAGCAGGGAGCACCUUCGAAUAGCUGGUACCCCUAG